AUGGCACUGACUACGACCGCAAUUGCUACGCAACUCGAGAUUAUUCCACAAAGUGAAAGCAUCCUCACCAAAUCCAUACCCUUAAACCACCUCCGCCCCGUCCCAAUCCCCCUUCCCUCCGCCGGGACCGGAAACAUACUCUCCGGUGCCCGUCGACCCCACCGUCUCCUCAUCUCCCGGAUAUCCAUCUCCCGUUCAGCCAGUCUUGGAGGGCCAAACAUCAAGACGAACCACCUCGGCCUCGACACCCUUGACGACCCAUCCGAUUUCCCCGAGCAACUCUGGCGAAUCUCGCCGGAUUCUGACCUCACACAAUCCCGCCGGCGGCGGACAUUUUUUUCUCCGGUGAUCCACGGCGGCCGACCGGAAAAUCGAGUGGCGUCGUGGGCGGAGAGGGAUUUGAGGAAUUGGUGGUUGCCGAAAGGGACGAGCUUGCCGCGGAAGAUGAUGUCAUCGGCGUGGGAGAUCGGCUCAGAGUUGAAAUCGGUGAAGAAUUCGAAGAAAUCGGAGGGUUCGGAGGUUGACCUGCGCCGGCCGUCUUGGGUUUUGUGA